AAAAGGUGGCCGGCCCACCGAGGGGAUGUGCUGAGUGAGAGAGAUAUCUCGAGCAGGCCCACUUUCGCUAUGCUGUUCUCCAAGCCCCAAACCCAGUCUCACCUCACUCCGUCCGUCCGUCCGGCGUCGUCUUCCUCCGCCAGCGCCGCCGCUCCAUCUGCGAUUCCUCAUCGACGUCGCCGCUCUUAGCUGCUCCCGUCAUCUUGAAUAUUGUCAGUAGAUGCCAAGAUCAGAAAGCAAGAUAAUAAAGAAUCAGAAACUGAAGAAGACAAAAACAGCAUUCAUAUCCUAGAGUUGUAAAACGGAUGAGAAUCUUGUGGAUUACAUAGUGUACUCCUUGACAAGAAGUCCUCCCUCUUUCCUCACUCUGUGCCAUGGGGAAACUUCAUCUGCUAGCUCUGCUUCUUCCUGUACUUCUUGGGUUAUCUCUGUUGUACAUCUGUGAGAUACUAUGGCUGAGGCCAGAGAGGAUAAGAAAGAAACUAAGGAAGCAAGGUGUGAGGGGUCCCAGGCCUACUUUGCUCUAUGGCAACACCCAGGAGAUAAAGAGGAUCCGACAAGAGGCAUUGCCUGCGCAGAAGCAAGACACCAGCAACUACAUGUCCACCCUAUUCCCUCACUUCAUGAUCUGGAGGGAAACAUAUGGGUCGGUAUUCCUCUACUCAACAGGAGCUGUGGAGAUUCUGUAUGUUUCUGACCCUGGCAUGGUCAAGGACAUGAGCCACUGCACAUCAUCUGAGCUCGGGAAGCCUAUUUUUAUACAGAAAUCUCGCAAACCACUCUUCGGCGAAGGCAUCUUGGUGGCAAAUGGCGAUAUAUGGGCCUAUCAGAGAAAGAUCAUUGCACAAGAGUUCUUCAUGGAGAAGAUUAAGGUCAUGAUAGAACUAAUAGUGGGGGCUUCUGCCCCACUGCUAGAAGCAUGGGAUAGUAUGCUUGACGGCACGGGAGGGAGUAGAGAGAUAGAUGUGGAUGGUUAUUUGCGGAGUUUUUCGGCGGAUGUAAUCGCCAGGGCAUGUUUUGGCAGCGAUUUUGCAACAGGGGAAGAAAUAUUCUACAAGCUCAGGCAGCUUCAGAAGGCGAUUUCUCAGCAAGAUGCACUUGUUGGAUUGUCUGCAGUGUGGAAGAGUUUGCCGACCAAGGCCAAUCGAGAGAUACAAAAGCUGGAGCAAGAAGUUCGGUUACUCAUCCUCAAUGUCGCAAAGGAACACAGCCGUGGCAGCAGCAGCGAAGACGACGAUUGCAUAAAGACUAAACACAAUGGCCUUCUGCGCUCGAUUGUCAAUAGUGCUCGCCAUUGUCCGGCCAGCUACAGUGGCAGCGCCGAGGACUACAUCGUUGACAACUGCAAGAACAUCUACUUUGCUGGGCACGAGACUACAGCCGUCACCGUCACCUGGUGCCUGAUGUUGCUGGCCACACACCCGGCGUGGCAGGACCGUGCCCGUGCCGAGGCUCUAGAGGUGUGCCGUGGAGGCACAGAGCUCGACGUCGACGUCCUCCGGCGACUGAAAACAAUCACCAUGGUGGUCCAGGAGACUCUCCGGCUGUACCCUCCGGGGUCAUUGAUUAUGCGCGAAGCGCUGAAGGACUUCAAGCUCGGUGGGCUCGACAUCCCACGGGGGACAGUCAUACAGACAGCCAUCGCGAUGCUGCACCUCGACAAGGAUGUUUGGGGCCAGGACGCCGGCGAGUUCCGCCCGGAUCGGUUUGCGAACGGCGCAGCCGCGGCGUGCGAGCCGUCACACAUGUACCUGCCGUUCGGGCACGGGCCCAGAGUUUGUGCCGGGCAGAACCUGGCGAUGAUGGAGCUGAAGGUGGUGCUCGUGCGCCUGCUGACCAAGUUGGCCUUCUCACUGUCGCCAGGGUACCGGCACGCGCCGUUGUUCCGGCUCACCAUUGAGCCUGGGUUCGGCAUGCCUCUUGUCGUCACGAAGCUUCCAUGAUCUCUCUCACUGCCAUCUGUAGCAAGAAGGUACCGCGCCUGAUGAAAACAGUGACGCCACCACUCCACUGUGUUUGUAAUCGGCAAAGCGUUGCUUUCGAUUCAGUAAGUUCAGAAAACACUGGCAAAGCAAAGGUAUAGUUUUUUUUUUGACUGUUGCAAGGUAUGGUUAUUGAUGACAUGGUACCCGUAUCUCCCCCAAAUGAUAUUUCUUGGACCAUGAUAAGUGUCACAUGUGUGGCACGAACACAUGACAACUCCGAACAUUUUUUAUGGCAAGUUUAGUGAAGCGAGGAUGGCAACUUUCAUUUUGAA